AUGAUGUGUGAGGUGAUGCCCACGAUAAACGAGGACACCCCAAUGAGUCAAAGGGGGUCCCAAAGUAGUGGUUCGGACUCGGAUUCCCAUUUUGAGCAGCUGAUGGUGAAUAUGCUUGAUGAAAGGGAUCGGCUUCUAGAAACACUUCGAGAGACACAGGAAAGCUUGUCACUUGCACAACAAAGACUUCAGGAUGUCAUCUAUGAUAGAGACUCACUCCAACGACAGCUUAAUUCAGCCCUUCCACAGGAUAUUGAAUCCCUAACAGGAGGAUUGGCUGGUUCCAAGGGGGCCGAUCCACCGGAAUUUGCUGCUCUGACGAAAGAAUUAAAUGCAUGCCGGGAACAGUUGCUAGAAAAAGAAGAAGAAAUUUCUGAACUUAAGGCAGAGAGAAACAACACAAGAUUAUUACUGGAGCAUUUGGAGUGCCUUGUUUCAAGACAUGAAAGGUCAUUAAGAAUGACAGUGGUGAAAAGGCAAGCCCAGUCCCCAUCAGGUGUUUCCAGUGAAGUCGAGGUUCUCAAAGCCCUGAAAUCUCUGUUUGAGCACCAUAAGGCUUUGGAUGAAAAGGUAAGGGAGCGACUGAGGGUUUCUUUAGAAAGAGUCUCUGCACUGGAAGAAGAACUAUCAGCUGCUAACCAGGAGAUUGUUGCUUUGAGGGAACAAAAUGCUCACAUUCAAAGGAAAAUGGCAUCUGGAGAAGGGACCACAGAGUCAGAACAUAUGGAAGGGAUGGAACCUGGCCAGAAAAUCCAUGAAAAGCGUUUGUCCAAUGGUUCCAUAGACUCAACAGAUGACACCAGCCAAGUGAUGGAACUACAAGAAUUACUUGAAAAGCAAAAUUAUGAAAUGGUCCAAAUGAAAGAGCGCUUAGCAGCCCUUUCUUCCCGAGUGGGAGAGGUGGAACAGGAAGCAGAGACAGCCAGAAAGGACCUCAUUAAAACAGAGGAAAUGAACACCAAAUAUCAAAGGGAUAUUAGAGAGGCGAUGGCCCAAAAAGAAGACAUGGAAGAAAGAAUCACCACUCUUGAGAAGCGUUAUUUAAGUGCGCAGAGAGAAUCCACCUCCAUCCAUGACAUGAAUGAUAAACUAGAAAAUGAGCUGGCAAAUAAGGAGGCCAUCCUACGUCAGAUGGAAGAGAAGAACAGACAGUUACAGGAACGGCUUGAGUUGGCUGAGCAAAAGUUGCAGCAGACCAUGAGGAAAGCUGAGACCUUACCAGAAGUAGAGGCUGAACUUGCUCAGAGAAUUGCAGCUUUGACCAAGGCUGAAGAGAGACACGGUAACAUCGAAGAGAGGAUGAGGCAUUUGGAAGGUCAGCUUGAAGAGAAGAACCAAGAACUCCAAAGAGCUAGGCAAAGAGAAAAAAUGAACGAGGAACACAACAAAAGGUUAUCAGACACUGUCGAUCGACUUUUGACGGAAUCCAAUGAACGUCUGCAGCUUCACUUGAAAGAAAGAAUGGCAGCCCUGGAGGAGAAGAAUGUUUUAAUUCAAGAAUCUGAAAGUUUCAGAAAGAAUCUCGAAGAGUCUUUGCAUGAUAAGGAAAGAUUAGCUGAAGAAAUUGAAAAGCUGAGGUCAGAACUAGACCAGUUGAAAAUAAGAACUGGCUCUUUGAUUGAACCUACAAUAUCAAGGACACACUUGGAUACCUCAACAGAGCUUCGGUAUUCUGUAGGAUCACUUGUGGACAGCCAGCCUGACUACAGGUCAACUAAGGUGAUAAGAAGACCAAGGAGAGGCCGUAUGGGAGUCCGAAGAGAUGAACCAAAGGUGAAAUCACUCGGGGACCAUGAGUGGAACAGAACUCAACAAAUUGGAGUACUAAGCAGCCACCAUUUUGAAAGUGACACUGAAAUGUCUGAUAUUGAUGAUGAUGAUAGAGAAACUAUUUUUAGCUCAAUGGACCUUCUAUCCCCAAGCGGCCAUUCUGAUGCCCAGACUCUCGCCAUGAUGCUUCAAGAACAAUUAGAUGCAAUUAAUAAAGAAAUCAGGUUAAUUCAGGAAGAAAAAGAGUCCACAGAACUACGUGCUGAAGAAAUUGAGAACAGAGUUGCCAGUGUGAGCUUGGAAGGUCUGAAUCUAGCUAGAGUCCAUCCAGGUACUUCAAUCACUGCCUCAGUUACAGCAUCAUCCCUAGCAAGUUCAUCUCCUCCUAGUGGUCACUCCACGCCUAAGCUCACUCCCCGAAGUCCAGCCAGGGAGAUGGAUCGAAUGGGAAUCAUGACUCUGCCAAGUGAUCUAAGGAAACAUCGGAGAAAGAAAUUAUUGUUAGAAAUUUUAUGCAAAACUUGGAACCUAAAACUGGAAGACAGUAGUUUGCCUGUGUCCCUGGAACCCGACAGCAUCGGUCUUGGCAGUGCCAAUAGCAGCCAAGAUUCCCUCCACAAAGCGCCCAAAAAGAAAGGAAUCAAGUCUUCAAUAGGACGCUUGUUUGGUAAAAAAGAGAAGGCCCGGCUUGGACAACUCAGAGGCUUUAUGGAGACAGAAGCUGCAGCACAAGAAUCUCUAGGUUUAGGCAAACUUGGAACUCAAGCUGAGAAGGACCGGCGCCUGAAGAAAAAGCAUGAACUUUUGGAAGAAGCUCGAAGGAAGGGAUUACCUUUUGCGCAGUGGGAUGGGCCCACAGUGGUUGCAUGGUUAGAGCCCUCAGGCAAUGUUUGGGUGACCCAUGAAGAAAUGGAAAACCUUGCUGCUCCAGCCAAAACGAAAGAAUCUGAGGAAGGAAGCUGGGCCCAGACUCUGGCUUAUGGUGAUAUGAAUCAUGAGUGGAUUGGUAAUGAGUGGCUUCCCAGCUUGGGCUUACCUCAAUACAGAAGUUACUUUAUGGAAUGCCUGGUAGAUGCAAGAAUGUUAGAUCACCUGACGAAAAAAGAUCUCCGGGUCCAUUUAAAAAUGGUGGAUAGCUUUCAUAGAACAAGUUUACAAUAUGGAAUUAUGUGCUUAAAGAGGUUGAAUUAUGACAGGAAAGAACUAGAAAGGAGACGGGAAGCAAGUCAACAUGAAAUUAAAGAUGUGUUGGUGUGGAGCAACGACCGAGUGAUUCGCUGGAUACAAGCAAUUGGACUUCGAGAAUAUGCAAAUAAUGUGCUAGAAAGUGGCGUGCAUGGAUCCCUGAUAGCCUUGGAUGAGAACUUUGACUAUAGUAGCUUGGCUUUGUUAUUACAGAUUCCUACACAGAAUACACAGGCAAGACAAAUUCUUGAAAGAGAAUAUAAUAAUCUUUUGGCACUGGGGACUGAGCGGCGCCUGGAUGAAAGUGAUGACAAGAACUUCAGGCGUGGGUCAUCGUGGAGAAGACAGUUUCCUCCCCGUGAAGUCCAUGGGAUCAGCAUGAUGCCUGGUUCCUCAGAAACAUUGCCAGCUGGAUUUAGGCUAACCACCACAUCUGGGCAGUCUCGGAAAAUGGCCACCGACGUUGCUUCAUCGAGGUUGCAGAGAUUAGACAGCUCCACUGUUCGCACAUACUCAUGUUGACAAGCCUAUCAAAGGAGGCAGCACUGAACUGCUGUG